UGUGUGUGUGUGUGUGUGUGUGUGUGUAUUGUGUGUGUGUGGGCCGUGUUCCAGUGUGUGAGCGGGGGCAGGAGGAGCAGGGCAGGAGGAGGGAGAGUCAUGGAGACACUCUCUUGAGAGACCUCAGAGACAUGUUCAUGAUGAGCACUCCUACUGAAGGUAACACACACACACACACACACAAUCACACCUGAGUGGUUAAAUGUUUGGAGUGCUUGCGUGUGAAAUCUCCCUGAAAUGCACCAGUGGGUCCCAGUGCUGGAUGGUGUUUUGAAUCUAUGAUCUUGUCAAAAAAAAAAAAAAAAAAGCCAUUAUUAAAGAUUAACAAAAAAAUAAAAUAAAAUAAAUUUCCUCCAGUUCAUCGCGCCCCACCUGACAUGUGUCUAUUCCCCACUAGUGGGGCCCGCCCCACACUUUGAGAACCACUGCUCUAGUGCAUCUGCUCAGUCACUCUCUUUCUCCUUUUGGAGGGUGAGUGCUUUCCUACUUUCCAACUGUAAAAUUUGACUCUGUGUGUGUGCGCAAAUCUUGUGUGUAAAGCCAGCCUGUGGCGUGGCGUGAACUUCAGUGUGUGUUUCUGUCUGUGUGCGGCCUUGGUGGUGCAAUUAGCAGCUCUGCUAGCUAGCCUCAGCCACCACAUGCUCCUGCGCUGGCUGGUCAUGACAGACUCCCUUCAUACACAGAUAAUAACCCAUGUUAAGAUCUGUGCACUGAAGGUGUGUGUGUGUGUGUGUGUGAGAGAGAGAUAUGGGAUAGAUAUGGGAUGAAUAUGUCACUUGUUCAUGUUAGUGAUUUCAGCCUUGUGUUGCCUCCCUGCGGACAGCUCUGGUAUGGAGGCAUAGAGGUGGGUCGCUCUCUCUCUCUCUCUCAUUCUCCACAACACAAAACAGAAUGUAGAACACACACUGCUACAUUUUGUGGCCCAGUUCUACAACAGUUUUGAUGAAGUUAGAGGGCACUAAGUGUCUGCUAAUUGCUGUAGUAUUUAUCAACACUGUUAUAAGACAAGCACAUUGUUCUCAACAAUUGGCUUGAUCAUGUGAAAGAAACACUGUAGUCCAGGGAAUGUUGUCUUUGAUGGAGUACUGGACAAUAGAACUGCUGUUUGAUCCCAAACUCUUUAUAGUGGAAAGUCUCCGUUUUAGAUCACAUUCUUCAGAAAGUGUUGUGCAAAGAUCGGAUUGUUGGAAAGUUACAGCUAUAGAUCGCAUUCUUCAGAAAGUGUUGUGCAAAGAUCGGAUUGUUGGAAAGUUUCAGCUAUAGAUCACAUAGAUCACAUUCUUGAGAAAGUCUCCAGUAAUCUUCAGUGUGGAUCUGCCCUAGUCAGACUUCUCUGUCGUCCAGUGAUGGGAGUUGGUCAUGACUGGUCACCUGCUUGCAUCCCAGCCCUCCAGAGCAGAUCCUGUGUGCUGGUCUCUCCUUCUCUGUGAGCUGACGACCAGGAUCUGAUACCCUGGGACCUGAGAAUGGACCUGAUACCCUGGGGCCUGAGAAUGGGCCUGGUACCCUGGGGCCUGAUACCCUGGGGCCUGAUACCCUGGGGCCUGAGAAUGGGCCUGGUACCCUGGGGCCUGAGAAUGGGCCUGAUACCCUGGGGCCUGAUACCCUGGGGCCUGAGAAUGGGCCUGAUACCCUGGGGCCUGAUACCCUGGGGCCUGAUACCCUGGGGCCUGAGAAUGGACCUGGCGCUAUUAUCACAGCAGGGCAAAUGAUAAUAGGCAAAUACUGCCCUCUUAGGUCAGUAUGAGGGUAAAUAUUUACCCCCACAGGUCAGUAGGAGGGUAGAUACUGACCCUCUGCUACAGGUGUAGAUACUGACCCUCUCAGAUGCAUUGGUGAUGGCAUUUUACUUGUAAAUAUGUUCAAUUUUGUCGCACAAUUAGGCUAUUUGGCCUGUACUGGCUGAAUUCCGUGCCCUGGCCUCCCGUGGCUAGUCUCUUGUGGUCUGAAAGGGGGGAGGAGGUGGGCUUAGCUUAGCUGUGGGUUAAUACUGACCCCACAGGUGUGUGUGUGAGGCUGGGCUUUGUGCCAGCUGUGUAAAGGGUGACACGGUUUUCUUAUCUUAGUUUAGUUUACCUUAUCUUACCUCAUCUUAGCUAAUCUAAGCUUAGCUCAGUUUAGUUUACCUCAUCUUAGCUUAGCUUAUCUUAUAUAAUCUUAGCUCAGUUUAGUUUACCUCAGCUUAGCUUAGCUUUGCUCAGCUUAGCUUUGCUCAGCUUAGUUUAGCUUAGCUUAGUUUAGCUUAGCUGUGGGACGGCUGAGAGGCCAUGUCGAAGAAGCUUCUGGCGGGUUUUUGAGGCAAAGCCCCUGAGGCACAUCGGUCAGGCCCCUUGGAGUGAUGGAGUUAAGCGCAGCAGGCGUCAAGAGCACCUGUGUGAAAUACCUCUCUUUUGCCCCAGCGUGUCAGCACUGCUCCGAGCGUGCGUGUGUGAGAGAGAGAUCUGUGUCGUCACGGUAACCCUCACGUUCUCCACAUCUCUCAGCUCCAAACGGCCUCAGCCUGUUCUCAUUGGCUCCUCAUUAGGAUCAACGCUGUUGUACCAUAGAGACUCACACUGGCCUGCUCUGGCGGGUUUGUCUGUUAUUGAACACUGACCUGCUCCGAUGUGUACGUUAGAAACAAUGAUGACCUUUGACCUCCUGCCCUCUGCCUACUAGUGUGUGCUUCAGCAGGACACUGAUGCUGUGUGUGUGUGUGUGUGUGUGUGUGUGUGUGUGUGUGUGUCAUCAGAGACUCAUGAGGGGAAAGCUCCGAGCCCUUCCAUCUCGCGGCAGUCCAGCAUCGAGACGGACCGGGUGUCGCGGGACUUUGUGGACUUCCUGAAGAACCUGCAGAAGCCGGGCCGAGAGAUCCACAAGCAGAGCCGUGCCUUCAUCGAGGGCAUGGCCAAUAAGAAGGAUCUCAGUGCUGAUGAGCUGUCGGAGUGUGUGCAGGACUUCUACCAGAACAUGUCGGACCGCCUCAUGACUCAUUUCAAAGGCUCCUCUGAGCGUGUAGAGUGUGUUAUGGAUCAGGUGGAGAAGUACAUCAUGACUCGGCUGUACAAGAACGUCUUCUGCCCUGAAACCACCGACGACGAGAAGAAAGACCUGGCCACUCAGAACCGCAUCAGGGCUCUGCACUGGGUGACCAUUCAGAUGCUGUGUGUACCACUGGACGAGGAAAUACCAGAGGUGUCGGACAGCGUCGUCAAGGCCAUCACAGAUGUGAUCGAGAUGGACUCGAGGCGCGUGCCGCGGGACAAGCUGGCGUGCAUCACCAGCUGCAGUAAGCACAUCUUCAACGCCAUCCGCGUCACCAGGAACGAGCCCGCGUCCGCCGACGACUUCCUGCCCACGCUCAUCUACAUCGUGCUGAAGGCCAACCCGCCGCGCCUGCAGUCCAACAUCCAGUACAUCACCCGCUUCUGCAACCCCAGCAGACUCAUGACCGGAGAGGACGGAUACUACUUCACCAACCUGUGCUGUGCCGUGGCCUUCAUAGAGAAGCUGGAUGCCCAGUCCCUGAACCUGAGCUCUGAGGACUUUGAGCGCUACAUGUCUGGCCAGGCGUCUCCCUGCGGGCCGGAUGCGGGCCGCGGCUGGGCCGGCAGUGGGCCGGCGGGUGCCAGUCCUGGGGUGGUGCAGGCCCAGCGGCAGAUAGAGACGCUCUCGGGCCUUAGCCAGCGGCAGGAGCAGGUGCUGGAGGGUGUGCGUGAGCUGCAGGCGGAGCUUGUGCAGUGGGAGGCGAGCGUGGCGCGGCAGGUGCAGGGCAUCCUGGAGAGGUACCCGCUGGAGCUCCGCCCCCUGCCACCUGCGCCCGCCAUCGACUCCGACAACACGGACGACGACCGCCUGCCCCCGCCACUCACGCCGCAGGUCUUCGCUGGCUAACGCUGCCCUGUGUGUGUGUGUGUGUGUGUGUUAGCCUGGUACGUGUGGGAGUGUGCAGUGUGUGUAUGAGAGAUCUGUUAUUAUUUAAGGGAAAGAGCGUCUGCUGUGCGUUUUCAAAUGGGUGUGUUUGAUCUCCAUCAGUUUUGUUUUUAUUUUGAUAUUUUUCCAUCAUUUUAAUUUCAUCCUUUUACUUUUUUUUAAGUCAUUGUGUACAUGCUAGAAGCAGACAGCUAGGCUGGUGAAACUUAAGAGACGUGCUUAAAGCAGAAAUGCUUACAGCAAAUGGCCAGGCUAGGGCUAGGCUAGGUUCUUUAGCCAAAUGUCCAGGCUAGGGCUAGGCUAGAUUCUUUAGCCAAAUGUCCAGGCUAGGGCUAGGCUAGGCUCUUUGCCUCUCUCCAGGCUAGGCUCUUUAGCUUCUCUCCAAACUCUGCCGUUCAGGUCCAUCUUAAUUGUGCAACUGACUCUGUGAACUCAUAAAAGUUUUAUUUAUUUAUUUAACUUAUUUACCGCAAAAAAUUCAGUUCAAAUUUCUCUGCGAGCCACAUGCAGUCAACAAAAGAACAACAACAUAUCUGGCUCACGAGCUACAGACUCCCAGCCCCUGCACUACACACGUAUUAGCCUGGGUUUUCCCAUGCUGCCUUACGCGCACAAUUUUAUUCACGCUGCUAGGCAGCCUGGAUUCCAUGGAGCAAAUUUUCGCCUCAGUUAGGGGACCAAUCA